AUGGCACCAGCCCUAGACGUCUAUGACGCCUCGUCCAAGGAGAACCGAACAGUCGGUGCUCUCGGCAAGACGGUGUCGGGCAAACAACUCAAAAUCAGGGCAUAUCCGAAAUUCGACUCCCUCGAGGAAGAACGACUGUACCGCAAACAACAUCUCGCCGCGGCGUUUCGCGUCUUCGCCGACAGAGGCUUCGACGAGGGUGUCGCGGGGCACAUCAGUGUUAGGGAUCCGAUUUUGACGGACCAUUUCUGGCUCAAUCCGUUGUCGAUGCACUUCUCGCAGAUCUCCGUAUCAGAUUUGAUCCUCGUCAACGAGGACGGCGACGUCGUUAUUGGUGAUGAGCCUAUCAACGCCGCCGCCUUCGCCAUCCACUCGGAGAUCCACAAAGCCCGACCCGACGUCGACGCAGCAUGCCAUGCGCACUCGGUGUACGGCAAGGCCUUCAGCGUGUUUGGCCGCGAACUCGACAUGAUGACGCAGGACGCCCUGCGCUUCUACAAGUCGCACGCCGUCUACGACAAUUUCGGCGGCGUCGUCCUGGACCGCGAGGAGGGCAAACGCAUCGCCGCCGCCCUGGGCAACGGGAAAGCCGUCAUCCUCCAGAACCACGGCCUGCUCACGUGCGCAAAGACCGUCGACGCCGCCGCCUUCUGGUUCAUCAGCCUCGACAAGACCUGCCACGCCCAGCUGCUCGCCGACGCGGCCAGCGCGGGAUCCGGCUAUAACAAAAAGCUCAUCAGUGAUGACGAGGCCGAGUUUAGUUACUCCCAGGUCGGCACGGAUGAGAAAGGCUGGCUUGCCUUUCAGGGAUAUUACGACGAGCAGUUGGCCAAGUCGAAUGGUGGAUUCUUGAAAUAA